AUAAUUGAACUCUGACUUGGCGGAUUGACACACGAGCCGCAGCACCGCGCGGCUCCCUCGGAGCCCGGACUACCUGUGCCAGAGGACGGCGGCGGGCGGGCCCGUGCUGCGGAGAACCGGCGCGCGCCUUGGCGGACAACAUGGAUUUCAACGUGAAGAAACUGGCGUCGGGCGCGGGGGUGUUCUUCACGCGUGCUGUACAGUUCACGGAGGAGAAGCUGGGCCAGGCUGAAAAGACUGAACUGGACUCCCAGCUGGAGAACCUGCUCGCUCGCGGCGACACCACCAAGAACUGGACAGAGAGAAUUUUUCGGCAAACAGAGAUCCUUCUGCAGCCCAACCCAAGCGCCCGGAUUGAGGAGUUCCUCUAUGAGAAGCUCGACAAGAAAGUCCCAUCCCGGAUCACCAAUGGAGAGAUACUGGGGCAUUAUAUGCAUGAGGCAGCCAGAGACUUUGGGGCCGGGGGCCCGUAUGGAAGCACCCUGAUAAAGGUGGGAGAGUGCCAGAAGCGGCUUGGGGGGGCUGAGAGGGAGUUCCUCCAGACCGCCACCCUCACGUUCCUCACACCACUACGCAACUUCUUGGAGGGUGACUGGAGGACCAUCUCCAGAGAGCGCCGCCUGCUGGAGAAUCGGCGCCUAGACCUCGAUGCCUGUAAAGCUCGCUUAAAGAAGGCCAAGACAGCAGAGGCCAAGGCUGCGUGUGAGGGAGAAGCCACGCCUGAUUUUCAGGAGACUAGACCACGUAAUUACGUUCUGUCUGCCAGUGCCGCUGCGCUCUGGAGUGAAGAGGUAGACAAAGCUGAACAUGAACUGCGUGUAGCACAGGUGGAGUUCGACAGACAGAAGGAGGUUACACGCUUGCUCCUGGAAGGCAUCAGCAGUACACAUGUGAACCAUCUGCGCUGCCUGCAUGAGUUUGUGGAGGCCCAGACCAUCUACUAUGCACAGUGCCACCGCUACAUGCAGGACCUGCAGAAGGAACUGGGCAGUUCUGAUGGAGACGUAUUCCCCAACAUGUUUGCUGGGAACCCUUCUGUCUCCAUGGGGGCCUCUGUCACCCCCCCAUCUGUGGAGGACUCCCCAGGGGCUACAGUGGACAUGCUGAAGCUGGAAGAUGUGCGAGCGCCCGCCGCGGGGACGCGUAAAGCCAAGGUGCUGUAUGACUAUGACGCAGCAGACACCAGCGAGCUUUCUCUGCUGGCAGACGAGCUGAUCACCGUCUACACCGUCCCCGGCAUGGACCCCGACUGGCUCAUGGGUGAGAAGGGUAACCAGAAAGGCAAGGUGCCCGUCACGUACCUGGAGCUGCUCAGCUAAUGAGGACCGGCGGACACAUGGGUGACAACAUGGACACCCACAGACUGAUGCAGGCUGGCUGGGCGUAUAAGUACACACACACACACACACCUGCACACCUACUGGCAACAAACUGAUAAAGAUUAAAGGAAAUGACCUAUGGAAUUUAAGUGUUUGCAGUAAAAUAAUUUAAAUCUGGACAUAUGUGAAGCCUUUAAAUGUUGAAAUGCUCCAGGGCUUUUAUUUUACUUUUCAUUUUAGAUUUUAUUCUGCAGUCAGUGUAAGAAUAACCAGGGGCAACCACAUAUGACAGAUAAAGUGAGUAAAUGUGAAUAAUACCAGUGCACUGCUGACAUCGUCUGCCCCAGUCUCUUGUGAAGUUGGUGUGGUUAACAACGCCGUCUGAUCCUGCUGGUUGAUGUAUUGCUGUUUUUGUGAAAUCGCCCUCUUCUUGGUCCACCUGCCCUGGCAUGAUCCGCCCAGCUGCUUCACGUCAAAAGCAUGCCUGGAAAUCUGUAGCUCACCACUCAGCCAGUUCGGCCUGUUGGCCACAUCACUAGCUCCUGCAUGGCAACGCGUGUGUUGUUUUCAUUUAAUGCCUUUAACAGGAGAGUGGUGUGGGUAUCCCAGCACCGGCAGCACACUUGGCCUUAAGGCAGGGAUAUGAGGGCCCUGCACUGAGCUCUAGCCCUGUGUGGAUCUUACAUGCAGCAGUGCGCUUAACACACCUCAAGCCAAGCUUUGGCGAAACGUGGCUGGUUUGAGCUCAGGUUACCCUGGUCAGUUUGUGUGAUGUGUGCACAACACUGUGUAACAUGCCUGAUGAUGUGCUGGAAAUUUACUGGAAACUUGAGGUUCAAAUGAUACGCUGGAUUGUUAGUAAAUGUAACAAUCCUAGAAAUAACUUAAGGCUUUAAAGGGCUCUGUUAGCAAAUACUUUGAUAAACCCAAACCAUUAUAAAGGAGAUUGUGUAUCCAUAAUGGGUCUGAGGCCUGAGAUCACAUUUUUUAAAAUUUUAUUUAAAACUCCAAUUUAAGCUUUAAGUAUUUUUGCACAUACGGAUCACUGAAGCAUAUGAUGUCUGCUUGGGUAUGUUUGUUGUCUAGCUUGAUGUAACUCAGAAUCACACAUUCCUCAUGUCAUGCAUGAUCUCCUGCAAGUGUUCCUGUUUGUUCAGUCUUUGCCUAAUAAAUAACAGCAGCACCCGAGCACUGAGGAGCGUCUGUGUUACGACAGUGUUGGUCUCUAUCUUGUAUGACUAAUUCCUUGACUCAUGAAGCCUUCCUUUCACCUAUGGCUUUAUCAUAACUGAGCACUCACGGCCCCCAGCAACCGAUCAAGGCCAAUAACAUACGCUGCCUAUUCUUCAUCUUCACCUUCCAUGUUAAUCCCCCAUCCCCACCCCUUUAAGCCAUUGCACGCUUUUCCAAGAACUGCUCACCAUAUCUGCGGACUUCGUUGUCGAAUGUCAGUCACAUAGCAAAGACCCUCUUUCAGUAACUUGUUCAUUGUUCCGGUGCCUUCUGUUCUUCCUGCAUACUGCCCCCCACCCCAUACCAUUCCUUCUCUUAGGGUCCAAGCAGUGUAGCUAAUGGAACCCAAUUGUUUUUAAAUUGUAUUUUCUGAUACUACAUAAUAAACUGCAGCUUUAAAAACACCAUAAA